AUGUCUAUGUCUUCCUUUGACUAUUUGCUGCACCUCUUGAGGCCCUCAUUGACUCUUCAGGAGACCCACAUGAGGAAACCUAUUAAACCUGUGGUUAGGCUUCUGAUCACAUUAAGAUUCCUGGCAACUGGAGAUUCAUUUUCCUCUCUGCAGUUCCAGUUUUAUGUGGGCAAAACUACUAUAGCCAAUAUAGUGAAGGAGACAUGUACUCUGAUUUGGGAGCAGUUGGGCCCAUCUGUGAUGCCUGCUCCUACUGUUGAAACCUGGCUCCAAGUAGCUGCUGGUUUUGGCCAGGUAGCAGAUUUCCCCAACUGUCUAGGUGCAGUUGAUGGGAAACAUAUCCGCGUAAAGAAGCCGCCACAUUCUGGAUCUUUAUAUUUUAAUUAUAAACGAUAUUUUUCCAUUAUUCUUAUGGCUGUUGCUGACAUUAAUUUUAAAUUUGUGGCGGUGGAUGUAGGUGGAUAUGGGAGCUCAUCAGAUUCAAGAGUGUUGCAGGCCUCAAAGCUUGGGCAUCAACUUCUCCUGAACCAGAUUUCUUUGCCCCCUCCCAGACCUCUUCCUGGAACCUCUGAUGCAGCUCCUUUUGUAAUGGUGUCAGAUGAGGCUUUUCCGCUUUCCACCAACCUCUUGAGACCAUUUCCAAAGCGAGGCCUGGAUUCACGGAAGAGGAUCUUUAAUUACCGUCUAAGCAGAGCCCGAAAGGUAGUAGAAUGUGCCUUUGGCAUAAUGGCAAACAAGUGGAGAGUUCUUCAUACUGUAAUCCACUUAAAUGUUGAGACCGUUGAUCAAGUAGUGAAAGCAUGCUGUGUUCUUCAUAAUUAUGUCCGAGACCGUGAUGGCUUGGAGGUAGAUUUUGAGCAACACCUUGCAUCCUUUCCUACCUCGAUCAGCUGGAAUACAUCUAGGCCCUAUUUCAGUGGGAUACGUGUGCGAGAUCGUUUUGCAGAUUAUUUCCUAUCUCCUGAAGGUUUGGUGCCCUGGCAACUGACGUGUAUUUCUGGGAGUUCAACUUAA